AUGGGCUCGAUGAUGGAGACUUCCGAUGCGACACCAAGCUACCCAAUAGUGCCUAAGUCCGAGUCGAUACAUGACGGGUAUAGCAGCUCAUCUGUAUCUACCCCAGAAGGAGACAUCGGACCGGUUACCCAAGAUGUGGUUCAGGUUCAGAAGAGGAAAGGUGGACGAAAGCCAAUUUAUGCUACGUCUGAGGAGCGAAAACAAAGGAACCGGCAAGCACAGGCUGCCUUCCGAGAAAGGCGAACAGAAUAUAUCAAGCAGCUCGAAAACACCAUCAAGCACCAUGAGGAUACUCUACAGAAUCUACAGCAGAGUCAUCGCAGUGCCGCUGAUGAGUGUUUGAUGCUUCGAUAUAAGAACUCUCUGCUUGAACGCGUUCUGCUCGAAAAAGGAAUUGAUGUUCAGGCUGAAUUGCGGAUGAAGAGUAGCCCUCAUCUUGGUCCAAUGAAGGCGCCACCGACCAUGACCAGUCAGGCCUCGCCAGUGCAGAGGGCCAUGAUGAGCAGGCAGCAAGCAGCACGGUCCAACUGUACAACUGUUGUACCUCCGUUGCAGCCUGUCAACACCACGAUGCAGAACGGACACGAGAGCAUUUACUCACGGCCUUCCCCAUAUCCGCGCCAACCUUCUCAGACUCCAUCGCCCUCCACUUCCAGACCAUCUGGGUUUUCCGUGCAAGGUGUAUUAUCUUCACCGACAUCUAAUUUUCCAAACCAGCCGACACAUCAACAACAGCGGUCACAGCUGCGAGCGGAGCGUAACUCAUUCAGUCACCACUCUGCAGUCUCUCGGCCUACGGCAGGCACAUCCUCAUCGCACCCUAUAUCAAUACCCGAUCAAGAGUUUGAUGCCCAAGGAGAAAUGAUUGAUGAUGCGCCAGGAGAUGAUACGGGAAUAGAUCAAUUCAUCCCCAACUUCCGCCUCCCUGAUGUAUCGAUGAGCAUGCAAGGUCAGCCGGCACCUCCACUGCCUAGCAUGACCGAUGCUGGUGGAGGCCCAUUUGCAUCUGGAAACCAUGCUUUCGAUCCCUACGAUCCUAUGCUGGAUGCAGAUCCUUUUGGGCUGAGCGCGAGCAUGCAUUUCCCCACACCGUACACCUAUGAUGCACAACAAAACCUGUACGAGCUACUUGGGAACACAAGCGACCAAGACUCUGAUCGAGAGCCAUCGCCACCUCCAAAAACAGCUGAGAAGCCAAACCCCCGGUCCGGGAAGCGUGAUGCUCCGAAAGAUGCCCCAACGGAGCCAGCGCACAGUGGUGGCAGAGGUGGACGUGGUGCCCGACGAGGUGGCUUUACAGGGUCUGAAGAUGCAUUCCGUGACCGUAAUGCAGGCAGCAUCAACAACCGCGGCAAACCUACUGAUGAUGGCCUUCGACAAGAUCGUCACUCUGACAGGAUAGGUGGCGGACGCAUCCAAGGCAGCUACGAUGGUCGUGGAGGGAGAGGAGGUCGUGGCGGUCGCGGAGGUCGUGGCAAUCGAGAUGAUCGUCACAGUCGCACCGGUCUAGCCGAGCACACCAAACAAGCCGACCAGAGUUGGGGCGCUCCCACUGGUGAUGCAGAAUGGAAUGACGAGAGAGCCGGCGAGGCUAUCGCAGCAUCUGAAGUAAAGGAAGGUGGAUGGGAUGAAGGCGCAACACAGGGGGCACCAGGCUUCUCUGAUUCUGGAGCUGCUCAGCCUGCUGAUGAUGGUUUCGGCUCCGGUUCCGGCGCUGCUGGUGCUGGUGCUGAAGCAGCUGAACCCGCGGAGCCAGAAGAUACAAGCAUAUCAUAUGCCGACUAUCUUGCACAACAGGCACAGAAGAAGCUAGAUGGCCUCGGUCUCAAGGAAGCUAGAAAGCCAAACGAAGGUGCAAAGCAGGACAAGAAAUGGCAAAACGCCAAAGCCAUCAGCCGCGAUGAAAGUGACGAGUACAUUUCAGGAGCAGGAGAAAAGGCGAGAAGGGAGAGGGAUAGACUGAGAAAUGCCCCGAAGAAAGUGGAUGUAGAUCUGUCAUGGAAGACAUCUACUCCUGAUUCCCAUGGCGGUGGUCGUGGCGGCCGUGGCGAGCGAAGAGGCGGCGACCGUGGUGGACGUGGAGAGUAUCGUGGGCGUGGCGAUGGUGAAUUCCGUGGUCGUGGGCGCGGUCGUGGUGAUGGAGAGUACCGUGGACGUGGUGCACGAGGAGGAGGAGGAGGAGGUGGUGGUGGUGGUAGUGCUCGUGGCAGAGGAGGGAGUGACUCGGCUCAGCCUGUUGUCGUCGAUGACGAGGCUGCAUUCCCAUCCUUGGGCGCGUGA